AUGCAUGUAGAAACAAAGGAUGCCAAAACAUCCGAUUCUUCGGCAAUCGAACAGCAAAGCACAUCUCACCUGGUCCUAAUCCCCCAGCCCAGUACCUGGCCCCGAGACCCUCUGAAUUGGACAACGCGCCGCAAAUACACAAUCCUAGCUGUAUUAUGUCUCGCAUCUUUCUCCGGUGCCAUUGCGCCCUUAUCGGGGCAACUAAACCUAGCUGAUCAGGAAAAGUUGUACAACAAGACAAAGCUCGAAGAGUCGUAUGCAAACUCAGCCGCCCUAGCCGGCAUGGCCGCCGGCCCAUUCUUCUUCGCACCAAUAUCUCACAUGCUCGGUCGAAGCUCCGUGAUUUUCUGGUGUAUCCUUUUCACACUGGUGUGCCAGAUCUGGGGCGCCGUCAUGACCGAUGCCAAUGAUUACAUUCCGUACGUGAUCUCGCGUCUCUUCGCUGGCUUUUUCGGUGCCGUACCUACCGUGCUAGGGCCGCGCAUUGUCACCGAUUUGUUCUUCCUGCAUCAGCGUGGCCGUGCCUUCACUGCCUUGCACAUGGCGUUCUUGUUCGGCACGAUUGCUGGUCCCACAUUCUCGGGCUUCGUCUCGGCGCAUUCGUUUUUCCCGGUUGAGUUCUGGUGGACGGUCGGGUUGUUGGGAUUUACGCUUCUCUGUUGCUUUUGCUUCCUCGAGGAGACUGGGUAUGAUCGUGAGACCUUGGAUCGGAAUCCGAAGAUUCCAGCUGGAAUUGUGGCGAAUAGGCUUGCGACGUUUUUCUUCGGACAUCGCGUCGUGUUGCCGACUACUUGGAAGGAAACGGCCAAAAUUGGAAUUACACCGUUCCUGAUCGGAAUGUGUCCGGUGACAAUCAUCAUGGGGAUCUUUACAUUAAUUUCUUUUGGAUUUUACGUGGGAGUCAAUGCCCUGACACCAGUAUGGCUCCAGAAACCCGUUUCUGAAGGGGGCUAUGGAUUCUCACUAGAGCAAAACGCCGCAUUUACAUUCUGCCACUGGAUCGGAAUCAUCUUCGUCCAGUUCUACGGUCACUUAUUGAACGACAAACUGCCGCUCACACUCGCGCGGCGAUACAAUGGCGGUGCAUGGAAGCCCGAGUACCGCUUACACGUCCUGUGGAUUCCUAGCCUUGUGAUCAAUCCGAUUGGGCUGGGGAUAUUCGGCGCCGCUCUGCAGUAUCAUCUGCACUAUAUGGUAUUGGCGCUUGCGGUGUUUCUUGUUACUAUUGGGUCGUUGGGUAGUGUCCCCGUCACGGUGAAUUAUGUUGUCGAGUGCUUUACGAAGUAUCCGGCCGAGGCUGGCAUUGUCAUUGGUGCCUAUCGGAUUGUUUACGGGUUGACGAUCAGCUUCUAUAUUAAUCCAUGGGUUGAAGCUGUUGAUCUUGGGUGGGUUUAUGGUAUGAUGGCUUUCUUUGCGGUGUUCUCUUUCAUGUUUGUUAUGCUGCUUAUGUGGAAGGGACAUGCUAUCCGCAAGAUCCAAUUUGCGAGCCUUGGUUCUAGCGAGGAGGGUAGAAGGUUGAUGGGAGAGUAG